AUGAAAGAUAAUUUGAUAGGAGCCAGUACUCGUGUCACCAAAGGCAAUGCAAAAUUUACAAUGGGAAGAAAUGAUUUCUCUGAGGCCAUUGGGAAGUUAAAAGAACUUUUUGUGAAUCCAUCUUCACAGGACAUUCCAAGGAAAAGCUGUGUGUCAAAUUUACUGGAUGAUGAGGUGAUGGAGUUAUUAAGACACGACCAUGAACUUUGCUGCAAGAACCCAAGGAAAAGGAUGGGAGAGAGUGCUUUAGUCUGCAAAGAAAAGUGGGAUAGCGUCAAUAAUUAUGUAAUCAAGUGCAUCAAGAAAAGAAAGGAGAACCCAAAGCCCUGUUUAUAUUACUGUCAGAAUAAUGAGUCUAUAAGCAAUAAUCACGGAGGAGCCUUUUGUGAUAAUACCAGUGGACUAGGGCCUGAGACUUCACCUUCUAAUAGCAACAAAGGAAAUGCAAUGAAUGAUGGCUGCUUUAGGUACUUUAUGGGGGAUGAUCAUAACAUGUGGGAGAAUUAUGGACUGUAA